AUUUUGUCCCUCAGCGUAGUGGAUAACCCUCAUCAGUAAUGCUUCACGCUUCAACCUCGUAACCUCGUUGUUUAAUCUUUAUUGGGCGGUGAAUUUGCAGGAUAUACCGGGAAAUAGCGCCAUCCUGAAGAUAUGGAAAUAAAGAUUACCAGUGGAGAUGAUUUUGAUUAGUUGUGAUAAUUUACUAAACUAUAAUCUGAAGUACUUUCGCAUUUUACUGGCAUUAACCCUUCUAGUCAACCACAGAAAUAGUGCGUACAAAUAGGGCAUGUUACCAGUCCCUAUGCCGGCUGGGAGUUGAAUCGAUGCACACGUUUUUUUUCUCUGAUCAAAUACUGUACUUUACAUCAAUCAGGCAAGAUGAAGCUGUCCUUUAGUUAUCUGGUGAUCACCGCUGGCAUCUUCGGUAUCCUCAGUUUUGCGUUCCUGGCUACGGCGAUCGGGAGCGACUACUGGUACAUUAUUAAGGUGAACAGAACCAACCGGACCGAUACAGACGUUUCGGAUUCCCAUUCCGGACUGUGGAUAACUUAUGAAGGUCAGAAGGUGUAUUCUUACACAUUUAACUCCCCCAACUACUCUGAACCUGAGAUGCACAUGUUGAACAUGCACAGUGCGAUUGUGGUCCUAUUGCCUCUAAGCCUGGUCCUGCUGGUGUUCGGAGGCAUCUGUGGAUUGAUCAGUUCCCUGGCCCGGAGCCCCGCCCUCCUCACUGGCACCGCCUCCUAUCUCAUCCUCUGCAGUGUUCUGACCCUCUCUGGUGUCAGCCUGUACAUCAGUUACUCCCAACAGGCGCUGGCUGAGACUGAGAGGCUGGUGGGGGCUGAGCGUUUGGCCCAGGUGGUCAGCACCUCUUUCGGCUGGUCCCUCGGCCUGGCCUGGCUCUCCUUCUGCGUGGAGGUCCUCACUGGCCUGCUGCUGCUGCUAGCUGCCCGCCUAGCCACCCUGCAGCACGGACCACAAGGCCACGGCUGGCCUCUCCAUGUUGUAACCUAACCCAAGAGGCAGAUGUCACAAGAACUGGAUAACCAACUGGCCCAGAACUGUACCUUUAAUUUUCUAAUUAUUUGUAUGUGCUCGUGUCUGGCACCACAAAUUAAGUUCCCUCUGGAAAAAUUGUUCUGUAAGUAUUUUUUUUUCAUCCAAAAUGCAAUGUGGUUUAGUCUAUGGGCAAAACAGUUGAGAUUUAGUGCCAUCUUUUGGUGUGAUAAGUCACUACAUUUCAAUUGACAAAUGCCCUAAAAUACCAAAUUGUAUUAUUGUGGUCCUAUAGGAUGAGAAAUUAAACGUACUAAAACUACGGGCCUCAACCACAAGUCACUCUGAAUGGCUGUUAGCGGUCAAGGGGUUUCAUUUUAGAACAUGGGCAAGUGAAGGGCUAUAGGAAAGAAGUAUGUAUCAUGAGUGGAUGUCCUCAAAGCAAAAGCCAUAGUAGAAAUGCUCAGAGCAGACUGAGGGUGCAUCUCAAGUGAAGCCUUAGCCAGAUGUAGCAGUGGUAUCAGCGGAGCCUUGUCUAGCAGCAAAACAGUU